UUACACCUGUGCCGUCAACUUUCAUCUAAACUGCGAGUCGUGGUUUGUUUGAGCGGCUCUUUAACAUAGGAGAUACUUUUGUUUCCCUUCUUUGUACUUUUUCAUUUGUAUGUAGUAUUUUAUGACUAUACGAUUAGAGCAGCUGUGGAGGUUGUGAUGAGAAGUUCAUUUUGACAACUGAUUACGAAGGACGUAUUCCUGUGAGGAAAAAAUUCAGGAAUUUGAGCUGUAAAGUUUCUGAGUAAUCUUGUUUUCUCGGAAGAUGUUUUAGUCUGCGGAAUUUUUGUUGCGUUAGAUUUCUGGUUCCAAAACUGAGCUAUAGUCUCGUUAUUCAAGAUGCUUUACAUAGGAAAAUUUAUUAGCAAUUUUAAAGAUUUUUACAAUGAGAUCAAUUCAGCUACACUUACUGGAGCAAUUGAUGUCAUAAUAGUGAGACAGCCUGAUGGAAGCUUUGUCUGCUCUCCUUUUCACGUCCGUUUCGGCAAAAUCGGUGUACUUAGGAGCCGAGAGAAAGUGGUGGACAUUAUGGUAAAUGGAGUACCUGUUGAUAUUCACAUGAAACUUGGAGAAUCUGGUGAAGCUUUCUUUGUUGAAGAAGUUCAAGAUGAUAAUGAAAUUCCUGCAUACUUGGCAACAUCUCCUUUGCCAGAUGUUCCCAACAUAGCAUCAGAACUGGAGAAAAUGAAACUAUCUGUUGGUUUUAAUGAACAAAUUGACAAUAAGGUUGAAUCAAAAAUCUUGACAGUUAGUGAUACACAAAGUACUGUUGAAACUACUGCUACCAGUCAAGAAAUGGUGCUUGCUGUAACUUCUAGUCCUUCAGAUUACAAUUCCUGUGAUAUUUCCACUAGUGAUAACUUCCCUAAACGAGUAGACACAUCACAUUCUUGCGAGUCUAGUAAAGUUAUUCAGACUGUUCCCAUUUCAAUAGAUGACAUGUCUAAAUCUAAAAACACUGUUCACACUGAUUCUAGUGAUGAAUUUAAAACUAAGCGCAAACGUCGGAAGAAAGUUGUUAUGAAAAAACGAACCAAAACCAAGGAUGUUCCGACACAACCAUCAAAGUUGAUUCCUAUAAAUCGUCAUAUAGACUUGCCUUCAAAAGAAGCCGAUGAUGCGAGUGAUAAAUCAGAAGAAAUUUUUCAAAUGGAUGAUGACUAUAAUGAUAAAGAUGAAGGUUUUGCAUCAUCUAGUUGUCUUAGUCGUUCUGUUAGUCUUCCUGUAUCUGCUAAUUUUGAUGAUUUGUUUGGCUCAGAGUGGAAUAAGCGAAAGAUGUCUUCCACUUUCGUUGGAGAAUUCCAUCCAUUUAGUGACGGAGAUGUCACACCUCAUUCUAGUCCAAUUGCAUCUAGACCUCCUAGUCCAAAAUCAGACACUGAAUAUGAAAAUCAAAAAAUUGAUACUAGUAGUCCGUCAGAUGUUAGUGCUCCCAGUUGGGGAUGGGGUCAACUACCCAAUGUUCCUAGAAGAUUAAGUGAUGCACAUAUGCAAAAUGGUUCUGCCAUUGAUUCAGCAGUUUCUGCUGAAGAAAGCAAAGGAGAAAAUGCUGUUGAGGCUGAGAAACGUUCCAUGCUUGGUGGGAUGCUGAGCUUUAUGCGCUCAACUAAGAAGAUGAGGCACAUGCCAGAGAAAGAGGGCAUCUACCUAUCAGAAUUAAAUGCUGAUGAAUUAGAUCCUGAAUUGGCAGCUCUUUAUUUUCCAAAAUUUAAGUCUUCUUAUAGCCAAGAAAAUAUACAAAUUAAAGAUGAAGAUACAGAAUCUGGUAAAGGACCUUCUUUAUCCCAUUCUCCACAGACCAUUGAAGGCUAUGCUAGUCCUGCUAGUCAAGAUUCAGACAGUGAUGAAAGACUUUCUUUAGAUCAAUUUAGCAAAGAGAAAUGUGAAAGCAUUUCUUAUCCUUAUAGCGAUAUAGCUAUGUCACUUUGUGGUGGCCUUCAAGAUCCUGACACUGACUUGCCUGAAGAAAGAUUUUUGCAUUCUUUAGUUACAUUUGAUGAAUUUACAGAAAAUCCUGCAAUUCUACAAGAUCCAAAUUUAGUAAUUCGCAUUGGUGGAAAGUAUUAUAAUUGGCCCACAGCUGCAUCAAUGUUGACUUCAAUUAUAAUGUUUCAAAGGCCAUUACCUGAAAAAACCGCUAACCAGCUUAUUCAAGAGCAUAUGCCAAAGAAAAAGAAAUCUAAGUCAUAUUCUUCCUGGUGGUCUUGGAGGAGAUCAGAAACUGAAAGCAAAACUGAAGAAGAUACCACACUGACUGAGAUUACUACAACUUCUGUAGCUGGAAGGAGUGAAGUUGUAUGUGAAGAAUCUGUUGAACAAAGAACUUGUGAUAUUGAAAUUAGUGAGUGCACUGUGUCUAAUGAGAAAACCUUAAAAGAAACUGUACCAGUUGUUACAGAAAUUAUUACGGAAACUCAUGAAGUCAGUAUCUCAGUGGACAGAGAAGCUUUGGAAGAAAUUGUUGUAGAUGAUAGUAAAACAAUAGAAGAAAUUAUUACAGUUAGUCCACCAAGCAGUGAAAGCUCUACUUCUUAUAGCUCUCCUAUUAAUAUCACUAGCUCUACAAGGGCAAAAAGUGAGACAUCAAGUCUUUCCCCACCUGAAACUUUUGCUCAACUUCCACAUAGUGCCAAAGAAUCAGCUGUAGAAAGUGAUAAAUCACAGAAAGAAAAGUACAUGAAGUCUCUUAGGCUGACAUCAGAACAAAUUGCAAAUUUAAAUUUAAAAGAUGGUCCCAAUGAGUUUGAAUUUAGUGUUACAACUGCAUAUCAGGGAACUACUAAGUGCAAUUGUCAUGUUUUCUUAUGGAAUUAUGAUGACAAAAUUGUCAUAUCUGAUAUUGAUGGGACUAUCACAAAGUCAGAUGUCCUAGGUCAUAUUUUGCCUAUGGUUGGACAUAGUUGGGCUCAACUAGGUGUUGCAAAACUUUUUACAAAAAUUAAGAACAAUGGUUACAAAUUUCUUUAUUUAUCUGCUCGUGCCAUUGGUCAGGCAAGAAUUACAAGGGAGUAUCUCCGAAGGCUGCGGCAAGGAGAAAUAUUUCUUCCUGAUGGACCUUUAUUACUUUCACCCACAUCUCUCAUUAGUGCUCUUCAUCGGGAAGUAAUUGAAUGCAAGCCUGAGGAAUUCAAGAUAAGCUGUUUGAAAGAUAUUCAAACUUUGUUUCCACCUGUCAUGGGAAAUCCAUUCUAUGCUGGCUUUGGGAACAAAAUUAAUGAUACUUGGGCUUACAGAGCUGUAGGAAUUCCUCUCACUCGCAUAUUUACAAUAAAUCACCGAGGAGAGUUAAAGUUAGAACUUAUACAAACAUUCCAAUCCUCAUACACAUCACUAAGUGAUCAGGUUGAUCAUGUUUUCCCUCCACUGAAACCUUCAGUUAAUGUUAAUGGCCAUCCGACUACUAUAUUUUCAUCACCAGAAGAAUUUAGCUAUUUUACAUACUGGAGAGAGCCAGUACCUGCUUUAAAUGAAGACGACAUGACAGUUUAAUAGAUUUCCUUUUUCAAGAGCCAUAAAAGAAAGUUCUCAGUUUCUUUUGUGGUGAUUUCAGUGUGAUAAAUGUGGUGAAAUGUGGUGUGGUAUUUACAUACAGAACAUUUGGAAAUGCGAAACUCCAGUUAAUUUUUGACUUUAUUUUCUUCUAGUGACAUGUUUUGGGACAAGGGAGAAUUUUACUCAGUGCUUACUAAAACUUUUAUAGUUUUGUAAUUAUUUUCCCAUGUUUUUAAUCUGUAAUCAAAAGAAAAAAGUACUCUCAUUAAAAUAUGCCAAAGAAGAUCUACAUCGGAAAAUCUGGAAUUUCAAUCUGUAUUAAAAUUAGGAUUUGAUUUUGAUAUUAUAGACUGAAAACAUUUUAAAUAGUUUUUAUAAUAUUGAGUGUGUUAUAAAAUGUAAAAAUGUAUACUAUUAAUUAAAAUUUUCAUGACUUUAAAAAUAGGAGCUUAUUUUGUACAAUGCUAUUGUUAUGCGUGUUAUAUCUAUGCAAUAUGUAUUUUAUGUUUUUCCUUUUUUACUUUAUUGUUAUAUUUGCUUUUUAAGUGACAAAAAAAUUAAAAAUUUGCUAGUCAUAAUACAGUCUGAUUUUGUUUAAUCUGCAUUUGAUUCAAAGAAAAGCUUUUGUGUAUGUGUGAAAAAAACAGAUCUAGAGUAAAAUUUCUGUCUGCACUUUGCUUUAUAUUCGAAGUAACGUAUUACAAAUAAAUAUUGACAUUCCAAUCUCGUAUUUUGUUAUCAAUCAUACUUGUGCUAAUAGACAUAUAUAAUGUGUAAAGUUAAAAAAAAAAAAAAUGAAUUAUACAUUUUGCACAUUUGUCUAACCAUCUGCUGGAGUGAAAUAUUAAAUUAGCAUUAUUCUCUUUGUAAAGAUGUGAUUGAAGGAGCAUUAAACUCACUUUGGUGUUCCUUUUCAGUAUAAAAUAGUAAUGUUAUUCUCAUAUAUAAUAUUUUAAAUAUUCAUUAAAUGCAUUUCAAAUAUUAAUAUCUAAAACAUGUUUUCUUACCUUUUGUGUAAGUAUUUUUGCUAUAUUAAGAAAUUUUUAAAAAGUCAUUCUUUGAAAUAUUUCUGUGAUGCAAUUUUCAUAUACUAUGAAAUACCAUCAGACUGCUCCUUUGUCCAGGGUAAAAAAGGCUUUGUAAUUAAUAUGAAGUUUUAAUUCUUGUAACGUAAUCAAAUUUGCCUGUUUUAUACAUGGUUGCAGAUUCUUUUCUAUAUAUUUCUACCAUCUUGGAUAAGUUAUGUAUUAAUUUCAGGCAGCUUUCAUGUUACAUAUAUAAGUAUUUAAAUAUUAUGUAAUUUGCCUUCACAGAAUAAUGUUUAUUAGAUACAUUAUUAAAUUGUACAUUUGUAUAUAUUUUGUGAAUAGUCAGUAUUUAUUUUUCAUUUUUUACUAUGGAAAAUUUGUUGUUUACAGCUGUUUCAUUCCUUUGUAAUGUAGAACCUUUUGCUAAAUGCUGUUGAAAGUUCCUGACUAGUUCCAUAUUUUACAUCAAAUCUCAACUCAAAAUCGACUUUCCUUGCUAUAAUUUAAAUAUUAAUUUUUCAUUCAUGUGACUGUGUUAUCUUAAAUAAUCGUAACACGUUGCGAUUGAUCAGUGAUCGGUAAAUCUAAAUGUUUACAUACAUGUUUGUAAUGUCACAUAUCAGUUGUUUGCAGUAAGUGUGAUUUUAAAUAUUUAAAGACUUGUUGUAAUAAUUUUUGAAAUAAAACACAGUUAAAAAAA